GUUAUGGGAUUCUUAAUAGAGAAUACAAAUUUUUCCAUUCGUUUAUCUCUAACGGUUCUCAGGCUGGCGGGGUUUUGGUCCCCUGAUGGUUUGAAGCAUCGUUUCCUUUACAAUUGCUAUGGAUUCGGUAUCUUCAUGUUUUUCUUGGGUACAUAUUUGAUAAUUCAAAUAGUUGAUCUUUACUUAAUUUGGGGUAACUUACCCCUUAUGACGGGAACAGCGUUUGUGCUGUUCACCAAUAUGGCACACGCAACCAAGAUUAUGAAUAUUCUGGUCAGAAGAAACAGAAUUCAGAAGAUCAUCAAUGAUGCUGAUAAUGUCUUAAAGGGGGUAAAGAGUGCUGAAGGAAUGGAAAUCGUUAGGAGCUGCGAUCGCGAGACAAAACUGCAGCAAUUAAUGUUCUUUUUCAUAACCCUUAUAACUACUAUUGGAUGGGCGAGCAGCGCGGAGAAAAACGAACUGCCUUUACGAGCGUGGUACCCAUAUGAUACAAGAAAGUCACCAGCAUAUCAACUGACUUACUGCCAUCAGAUAUUAGCUUUAUUCUUGGCUGCCUCCUUGAAUAUCAGUAAGGAUACCCUUGUGACGGCGAUGAUCGCUCAGUGCAGGUGUCGCUUACGUCUUGUGGGGUUAGAUUUGAGGAAUUUGUGUAACGAUGAUCACAUAAUUGGGGAAACAUCACUGGAUAUAUCCUUGAAACCCUCACCCAAAACCCUCGUCCUGACACCAGAUCAAGAGGAAAGAGUGAGGAUCCGUCUCCGGGAAUGCGCGGCGCAACAUCAGAGAACCCUGGAGGCAGCUGUAGAUCUGCAGAACUGCUUUUCAGAACCGACUUUUGGACAGUUCGCCGUGUCACUCGUUAUUAUAUGCGUCACUGCGUUUCAACUUGUUUCUCAAACCAGUAAUCUCGUUCGCCUCAUCUCUAUGGGCACGUAUCUACUUAACAUGAUGUUCCAAGUAUUUAUUUACUGCUAUCAAGGUCAUCACCUCUCUACGGAGAGUGAAGAGGUCGCUGUAGCCGCUUACAACUUCCCGUGGUACUCGUGUAGCGUGCUUGUGCGUCGAUCAAUCAUAAUAAUGAUGGAGAGGUGCCGCCGCACCGCCAAGAUCACGGCUGGCGGGUUCACUACUCUGUCUUUAGCAUCGUUUAUGGCUAUUAUAAAAACAUCAUACUCGAUGUUCACUUUGCUACAGCGAGUGAAUGAAAGAAAUUACAUGAGACAUUUAACUAACGUCAAUCUGUCGCUGAGAAUAACGUUAAUAGUUCUGAUGGUGGCCGGUGUGUGGGGCCCGAAUUAUAAAGGAUUCAAGAAACGUCUCUAUAAUGUUUAUACAUUUAUUUCAAUAAUGAUAAUUGUUGGUGUCUACAUCGUCAUACAAUUCGUAGACCUAGUUCUAGUUUGGGGCAAAUUGAAUCUGAUGACCGCUACCCUCUUUCUUCUAUUCACUAACGUUUCCCUGCUAACAAAGAUAGUAAAUGCGAUAUGUAAGAAGGAGAUAAUUCGAAUAGUCUUGCAAGAGGCGCAUGAUGAACUAUCAAAUGAGCAAAGGGAGGUGGGGAAAGAGAUUGUCAAAAGCUGUGACGUCGAGACAACCAAACAGCUUAUGCUAUACACAGCGCUGUCGUAUAUUACAAUAUUAGCAUUUGCUUCAAGCACUGAGAAAAAUCAACUGCCACUACGAGCGUGGUACCCAUAUGACACCUCGAAGACACCGGCUUAUCAGUUAACCUACGCACAUCAGAGUAUAGCGUUAUCAUGUGCGGCUGCAAUCAAUAUAUGUCUGGAUACACUCGUCACUUCCUUGAUAUCUCAGUGUCGCUGUCGUUUGAGGCUGAUCUCAUUGUCGCUAAGAACGCUUUGUGAUGACUUGGAGAUAUCAUAUAAGGGGAUGAUGACUGAUGCGAGCAGUAGGACCGUCAACCAGCGUCUCCGAAACUGCGUUCUUCAUCACCAAGCAGUGCUGGCACAGACCAAAGUUCUACAGAGUUGCUUCAAAAUACCAAUUUUUAUACAGUUUUCUGUAUCUAUGAUCAUUAUUUGUGUGACAGCUUAUCAGCUCGCGGUUGAUACCUCGAACUUUGGUCGCAUCAUUGCCGUGGUCGUAUAUUUACUUGUCAUGAUGCUGCAAGUUUUCUUUUAUUGUUACCAUGGAAGCGAACUAGUUGAUGAGAGUGAAGGUGUAUCAAGAGCAGCUUACGAGUGUCCGUGGUAUACUUUUUCUGUGCCCACGCGUCGCUCGCUUCUCAUGAUAAUGACGAGGACAAGAUUAGUGGCUCGUCUCACCGCCGCUGGUAUCAUGGAACUGUCAUUGUCAUUAUUUAUGUCUCUAAUAAAAGCGUCGUACUCGUUCUUUACGGUUCUGCAACAAGUGGAAGAAUCUUAAAAACUUUAAAGCAACUUCUAUUCAUGUAAUCUGUUUCACUUUUUUUUUCACUUAAGUAAGAUGUUUCUCUUUAUUGCAUACAAUAGACAAAAACAUAUGUUUUAUAAUUGAUUGAUUAUACAGACAUCAAAUGUAGUGAGUUCACUGUAAUUUUAAAUUGAAAUAAAAUUAUGUAGAUGUAA